AAUGAAAAACGGUAACAUUUUCAAAAUGCGACACAGGUGUGCACACCCACUUUGACACAUUUUGUUUCAUAAUUUAAUAAUUACAGAGAAGUUGAGCAAAUUUUACCUUGUUUUAUUAUCCAUAGACACUUUAUUAAUCAAAGUAGACACCUUCCAUAAUUGCAUGUAACUGCAUAUAUGCAAAAUACCGUAAAUAUUAAAUUUGUUUACAUUUCUACUAUCUUCAAGGAUUUGUAUGCAAUUUGUCAGGUAAUGUUACGUGUAACGUGACUGGUUGGAUUUAUUACUGCAGUGGAAUUUCAUCCAAUCAAAUCGCAUGUUUGAAAUACAUGUGAAUUAUCCAAAAUGAAAGUAAAACAUUGUCAUUGUGAAAUUGAAGCAGAUUGAUGUGAAUUUCUAGCAAAAUAUGCUUACUAAAUAGUUAUUAUGUUCUAUUUUACUAUGAAAAAAAACUAUCCAAGGAAUAUGUACCAGCAAACGAGCUUUAUAAUAAAGGAAUACGAAAAUUACUGCUAGAAUUCUAAGUUUUCAGCUGUGCACACCUGUGUCCAAUAAAAUGCCUUCCGAAAAAGCAGCAGGCGAAAUUUCUGAAAAUGGCACAAGCAGCCAAUCUUCAACGUUUAUUAAACAAGAGGAUCUUGCCAGUGGAAAGUGGUUGAAACUGAGUAAUGUCUAUUAUGCUGACCCCACAGGCAGGCAGAGAGUGUGGGAGGUCACAAGCAGGACUACAAAAGUUGCUGGGGAUUUGCCAGAUGCUGUUGUGAUCAUACCGAUUCUGAGAAGGAACUUGCACUACGACUGCACCAUUCUUGUGAAGCAGUUCCGGCCUGCAUUCUGCAAGUACACUAUCGAAUUCCCAGCAGGCUUACUGGACCCGAAUGAGACUGUAGAGACUUGUGCCAAGCGUGAGCUCAAGGAAGAGACUGGAUAUACUGGAGUGGUCAAACAUAGUACCCCAGCCUCGGCUCUAGAUGGUGGGAUGAGCAAUUCUACAGCACAGUUUUUAACUGUACAGAUUGAUGGGGAUUUGCCUGAAAAUCAGAAUCCAGAACAAAAAUCAGACGAAGGAGAAUUCAUUGAAGUCCUCACUGUUCCCAUGGAUGAACUUCUAUCAAAAUUAAAUGAAUAUUCCACUGAGGGUAUGGUGGUGGACUCGCGUCUGUACAUGUACGCCCUAGCGAUGGAACAUACCAAGGGCAUGGUACAGCCAAAAACACCAAAGUAGUCACAAAUGAGAGAAUGUGGAAGUAUUAGAGUAUGCAAUAUGGUGGUGGUUUAACCUGGUGAUGCUGGACUAUUUUUGGAGAACAAAAUCAGUGUAGGUUUUAUGUGUUUGUCAGAGGUCUUAUUCCAGAAUAGUCUGAAGUUUAUUUUAUCAUAUUUUAAAACUGUAUCAUAUUUAUGUACCUUUCACAACACAGUUGUAAGGCUUGUAUACUGGAUUCAGUCUUGUCAGACUGUCAGAUUUCUUGUUCGUGAUAAUUCUUGAAAGUUAUUAUUGGUUUCAACUUCAAACGUACAUAUAAAAAGAUCUUAAACUUAGUAAUUAUAUAUCAUUAAAGGGAUGUGGACUGCACAAGAGCCAUAACUCUUUGCUUCCAUAUUUUGAUAUUCAUUUGCCUUUCUGUAUCUUUAUUACACUUCCAUCUUGUCAAAGUAAUAUAUUCAAAUUAUUAGAGGUAUCAACUUGACAUUUCAUUUUAAGAUAGAACUCAAUAAGGGGAAGUGCAGUGCACAAAACAAUAACUCCUGCUUUCAUUACCCUUGCAUUCACAAUUGCUCAGUUAUUGUAUUUGCUAAUAUUCAUGCUGAAAUCUUGUCCAGGGCAUAUCUCCAUUGACUUCAUUAUCAUGCACCAAGAUGAGACUUCAUAUGUAGAAAGCUUGGAUUAUUGGGUAUACAGUCCUUAAACUGAACUGCCAAUUUCAGCAUAAUGCUCUUCUUAAAUGAAAAAUUAAUGCUUACAAAUACCUUUUGAAAACAAAUUUAUAAUCAAAUGCUUGUGUUGUAUGACCCUUGAAAUAUCAAGAUUGGUCAGAAGUGGGUGUUUGGGAAAUUGUAAGGCUGAAAAGUGCUAAGAAGUUAUAACUCUUGCAAAAUAAUAGUGCUAUACAUUUUUAAUAGAUAUAGAUAUAGAUAUGCUUUAUUCAGGAAAAAAGGCAAAAUACCGAUCAUUCCACAUAUAAAACAAUACAAAGAAAUAUAUAACUGGUUAAUGGUGAGGCAUGUUACAUCAUGUUAUAUAUCUGUACAUACAUAUUGUAAAGUAAAGAUACAGCAACAUUUUGUUUUGAUAGUAAAACAUGUUUGGAAGUAAUUGGAGGAAAAAAGCAACUUUAUCUUUCUUAAACCAUAGAUUUGAUGGGUGCUUACGGAGAAAAAUGUACAAUUAUAGCUUAAUGACAUGGAAUUAUUUAUUGAAAAUGUACAUUUAAAAUUUGAAAAGUAUUUUUCUACAUUUUAAAGAUAUAUGUUAUAUGCUCCAAAUAUGAGGAUUGGAAUACAAAAGAUGAGUAAACACACAAAAAAAGUUAAUAAGAUCUAGGUGACUUAAUCUGUAUUAGAGCAAUAAUAAUAAAUUUUUAAGAUGUGAAGUGUAUAUUUCAUACGAGAGGCCAAAAAUGAAGAAAAAACUUCCAUAAUCAUGCAAAACGUUUUAUUUCAGUUAAACAUGUACAUUUAUCAGUACAUAUAUGAUUGUAUAUCAUAUAACAGUUAUACAAGAUUGUGUAAGUUAUUUACACAUGUAUUUAAAAAAAAUAUAUACAAAAACACACAUAUAUCUUUAUAUGUACAAAUAGUACGUAUCAUAUUAAAGUUUUAAAAACGUAUAUAAUGUUUAUACAACCUUGGUAUUGUAAAUAAAUUUAUUGUAAUUAUUUGUGUUUGUUGCGACUGUGUUUGUGUUGUGUAGCCUUUUAGAUUAAUGCUUAUAACGAUAUUAGUAAUACAUGUAUUAAUUAAAGUAUUUUGUAUUAAGUAUGUAAGGAGAGACUUUGUCUUUGAUUUACCAAGAAGUUUAUAACAUUUUAACUUUCAAAAUAUUAAUCAAAUAAUUCCCUCUGCCUCAAAGGAUUGGCUAAAUUAAAGAACAAUUCAAGCACUCAUAAUUAAACUGAAUUGUUGAUAUUUUUAUGAGCUGGGAUUUUGUAUUUUAACUCCCAUGUGUCGGACAAUUAUUAUACAUACAUCAAUAAUACAAUUAUAAAUUCUUUUCAACUAAUUGUUUGUCACUUGUCAAACUUAUUUUUGUUUAGACUGUCCGUGAUUCAAGUUCUAUGCUUAGUUAUCCUAAAUAGAAGUAAUAAACUGCAAUAAAUAUACUUUAACGUUCAUUUAUUUUGGGAAGUUUUCACUUGCCUGCUUUUUGACAGAUGAUGUUUGUUAUUGUCAUCAAUUUCUUCUGCACAUUUGAUUGAUGGCAGUGCUUAAAAUGUUUUGUUUUGGUUUCACAUAAAUAACAAUUAAUUAAAUUUAGGCAAAAAGUUGUAUUUGUUUAAACUAUGCAACAUCAUUUAUAUAUUAAUUCAGUGUAUACUUAUAAUGAUAAAUCUUUUAAGUGCAUUACAAACAUAAAUUUGGAUGAAUGAUAUUAAUAAAUUAAUCAUAUAAGUGGACUUUUUAUACAACGAACUUGUCUGUCUUGAUUUUAGUAUAAAAUGAUAAGUGAUAUGAUUUCUCAAUGACAGUGCAAGAAAAUGAUUAACCCAUUUAUGCCCAGUGGACUCUCCCAUCCUUGUAAAUUGGAUCAAUUUAUUUCCAAAAUUAGGGAUGUCUAGUAUAUUUAUUUUUAUAUUUAGAAUAUUACUUACUACAAUUCCUUUAAGCAAACAGAGAAGACCCAGAUGAGACGCCGCUACAUGCGGCGUCUCAUCUAGGUCUACGCUGUUUGCAAUGUCCUUUUUUCAGGACGCUAGGCAUGAAUGGGUUAAAUGGCAAAUUUAUACAACACGGGUGUUCAAAUUCACAUAAUAAUGCCUCUUUUUACAGGGUUGUUUAAACUGGCGCCCUUGUAAUAUUUGGAAUUUUGUUGUUUUGUUUUGUGUGCUUUUAUAGAAAAGUACACAUUGGUUUGUCAAUGACAUUGUUAAGCUUACAAAUGUUAUUGAUUAUGUUCAUGUAUUACCCAAAUAAAGUAUUACCAAAGACA